AUGAGAAACCCUUUGAAGGAAAUAAUUAAGGGUUUCAGGAGACAAAGGAUCAGAUGGAGAAACGCGUUUCUCUUCGGUUCUAUAAUGACCACCAUUGUUGUUCUGCUUCACACACCCAUGUUGUCGAUAUUCCUUGAUGAUAAUGAAGCAGAUACUUCUUCGCCUGUUUACUUGAACGGUUCUCUGCAUUUGAAUAUCCAAAUUGUUAGUGAAGCAAAAGUCGAAAACUUUCGUGCUCUCACAGCAACUCCUAUAGUGGAAUCAAAUUCUUCUUCUGGAUCCAUUAUGGGAAAACAGGGAGAUGAAGAAACCGGAACCGAUCUUUCGAGAAAAAGACGGAAAAGGAAGAAAAGAAACAAGACAAAGGAAGAGCUUAUCCUCACAGAUCCUCCACCAUCACCACCACAUGUUCUUUCUUCGUCAGAGAGACGUGCUCGUACAUUACCACCAAAGGAAGCUUUAUCUUAUGCAAAACAUGAGAUUCAACGAGCUCCGCUGGUCAUAAAUGACAAUGAUCUAUUUGCUCCGGUGUUUCGCAAUCUUUCAGUUUUCAAAAGGAGCUAUGAGCUUAUGGAACUAAUACUCAAGGUCUACAUAUAUCCUGACGGCAAAAAACCAAUAUUCCACACACCGCAUUUGAACGGUAUCUACGCAUCAGAAGGUUGGUUCAUGAAGCUAAUGGAGUCAAACACACAGUUUGUCACAAAGAACCCUGAGAAGGCUCACUUGUUCUACAUGCCAUAUAGUGUGAAACAGCUUCAGCAUGCCAUGUUUGUCCCUGGAUCACAUAACAUCAAACCUUUAUCGAUCUUUCUAAGAGAUUAUGUCAACAUGCUCUCCAUCAAAUACCCGUUUUGGAAUCGCACUCACGGAUCUGAUCAUUUCAUCGUCGCUUGCCACGAUUGGGGUCCUUAUACGGUGAACGAGCAUCCAGAGCUAAGCCGAAACACUAUAAAAGCUCUAUGCAACGCAGAUCUAUCAGACGGAGUAUUCGUCCCCGGAAAAGACGUUUCUCUCCCGGAAACUUCCAUAAGAAACGCCGGGAGACCGCUUCGUAACAUCGGAAACGGAAACAGAGUUUCUCAGCGUCCGAUCCUAGCUUUCUUCGCCGGAAACCUCCACGGUCGUGUCCGUCCACAGCUUCUAAAACACUGGAGAAACAAAGAGGAGGGCAUGAAAAUCUACGGUCCGCUUCCACACAACGUAGCUCGGAGAAUGACUUACGUGCAACACAUGAAAGCAAGCAAAUACUGUUUAUGUCCGAUGGGUUAUGAAGUAAACAGUCCAAGAAUCGUCGAGGCUAUAUACUACGAGUGCGUCCCCGUAGUGAUCGCCGAUAACUUUAUGUUACCGUUCAGCGAAGUUCUUGAUUGGUCGGCUUUCUCGGUGGUUGUUCCAGAGAAAGAUAUUCCACAGCUGAAGGAGAUACUGUUGGGGAUUCCUAUGAGGAGAUAUCUGAAGAUGCAGAGGAAUGUGAAGAUGGUUCAGAGACAUUUCUUAUGGAGCCCUAAACCUAGAAGGUUCGAUGUGUUUCAUAUGAUACUUCACUCCAUUUGGUUUAACCUUCUCAAUCAGAUCCAAACUUCUUCUAAUCAUGAUCCCGAUUCCUGA